AUGGACCCUGCUAAACUUACCCCAGAGUAUAUCCUAGAACAACGUAGGCUACGCAACUUGCGCAAGGAGCAAGAACGCAAGGAGAAAGAGGCAUUGGGGUUGAUACCCCAGGAUGAACAAGACAAACGGCCAUUGUAUAUAAAACGACCCUUGCUUAAAGUUAGUGAUGGUGAUGAGGGUGCACCCAAAAUCAAGAUUAUGUCGUACAACAUCUUGGCGCAGACACUCAUACGAAGAGACUUGUUUCCUACCAAUGGAAAGAUAUUGAAGUGGUCAAUCAGAAGCACCAUCCUCUUGGACGAAAUCAAGCACUACGAUGCCGAUAUCAUAUGCUUGCAGGAAUUAGACAAGCUCCAAUUGAAGACGUUUUGGAUGAAGGAGUUUGACAAGUUGGGUUAUACCGUCAAGUAUCAUCGGUAUAAUACCAAGAACCACGGUGUUGCCAUUAUUUUCAAGUCAAAGUUGUUCACAUGCAAGCAUCAACUGUUUAUAAAGUACGACCAUGAUCUUGUUCAUGACGAAGGAGAAGUGGUACUACCAAGUGCUAGAAUAGCCACCCAAAAUGUGGGAUUUAUGACAUAUUUAGAAUUCCAACCGUUCUUACUUAAACAGUAUCCACAUUUGAGCAACAAGAAUGGGUUAAUUGUGGGGAAUACCCAUUUGUUUUGGCAUCCAUUCGGCACUUUUGAACGGUGUCGCCAGACAUAUAUGAUGUUACACAAGUAUAAAGAGUUUACAAGGAUUUUAAGCGUUAUACUUGGAAACUCCAAGGGGUUUUAUUCGUUCUUUACUGGUGAUAUGAAUUCGGAACCGUUUGAUGCUCCAUAUUUGUCAAUUACUGCAAAACCGAUUGAAUACCUGGGCCAAGCCAAGAAUGUGCUAGGAUGUUCAUUGACGUAUACUUAUUCGCAGGUUAGAUCACUUGAAAAAAACGAAGUAGAUGAGAAUGACGGACUUGACGACGAACAAAGAGAGAACCCUACCGAUCCGGAACCAGAAGUAUUCAUGCCUACUCCCGAUCAAGAUCAGUUGCUUCUACAAAUGCAAAAUGCUCACAAUACCUUAAAAGUUCGAGCAAUAUCAUUAUAUUCAGUCGGUUACAAACUAGCCCACCCGGAAAACUCAGGGAUAAAUAACGACAGAAACGAGCCCAUGUUUACUAAUUGGGUCAACACCUGGAGUGGGAUGUUGGACUAUAUAUUCAUACUUACCGACUGGGAUAACACAGAGGACUUUUCCCAUAGUGUAGACACCCCAGAAGAGAUUGCUGACAAGUAUAAUAUUAAAUUACUUAGAUUAUUGAAGUUGCCCGUGCCUGGGGAUAUGGGACCCAAACCAAAUGGCCAACCACGAAUCUAUCAAUACCCCUCCGAUCACCUUUGCAUAAUGGCAGAGGUGCAAUUGUUGUAA